UAUCACUUGCCACUUAAAAAAUGCAUGAGAAAGAUUGAAAGAAAGGUAGAGGCUAAAAUUCAGUAUUGAAAAGAAAAGUGAGUAUUGUUUCUCAUCUCAACUUGUCAAAAAAAGAUGGAAUCUAAAUCUCUACCACUGAAUGUUAUUUUUCUACCACAUCUAACUCCGGGUCAUAUGAACCCCAUGAUAGACACAGCAAGGUUAUUUGCAAAGCAUGGUGUUAGUGUUACCAUUAUCACUACCCAAGCAAAUGCUUUAAUAUUCCAAAAAGCCAUAGACAAUGACUUGCAUUCUGGAUAUUUUAUAAAAACUUGUGUGAUUCAAUACCCUACAGCACAAGUUGGUCUCCCUGAUGGAGUUGAAAACAUCAAAGAUGCCACUUCCCAUGAAAUGCUUGGUAAAAUCAUUCUUGGAAUAUCAAUGCUUCAAGAUCAAAUUGAGAAUCUGUUGCAAGAUCUUCAGCCAGACUGCUUAGUCUCAGAUAUGUUAUAUCCUUGGACAGUGGAAUCAGCUGCAAAACUAGGCAUUCCAAGGCUUUACUAUUACAGCUCAAGUUACUUCUCAAGCUGUGCAGCUCAUUUUAUCAAGAAGCAUAAGCCUCAUGAGAAUUUAAUUUCUGAUACCCAGAUAUUUUCAAUUCCUGGCCUUCCACAUAACAUUCAAAUUACUUCUCUACAACUACAAGAAGGGGUGAGAACAAGGAAUGAAUUCUCAGAUUAUUUUGAUGCAGUAUAUGAAUCAGAGGGAAGAAGCUAUGGAACACUGUACAAUAGCUUUCAUGAGCUUGAAAGUGAUUAUGAGCAACUUUACAAGAACACAAUGGGGAUCAAAGCAUGGAGUGUAGGACCAGUUUCAACAUGGAUUAACAAGGGUGAUGUUCAAAAGAGACACAAUGAAGACCUUGUAGUAGAGUCAAAAUUGCUAAAUUGGCUAAACUCUAAGCCAGAUGAUUCUGUGUUGUAUGUAAGUUUUGGAAGCCUGACAAGGCUCCCUCAUGCUCAGCUUGUUGAACUAGCUCAUGGGCUUGAAAAUUCACGGCAUAAUUUUAUUUGGGUUGUUAGAAGAAAAGAUGAAGAUGAAGGUAGUUUCCUGCAAGAUUUUGAGCAAAGGAUGAAAAAAAGCAACAAGGGGUAUAUCAUAUGGAACUGGGCACCACAGCUUCUCAUAUUGGAUCACCAAGCAACUGGAGGAAUUGUGACACACUGUGGUUGGAACUCAAUUCUUGAGAGCAUGAGUGCUGGUUUGUCAAUGGUCACAUGGCCUAUUUUCGCCGAGCAAUUUUACAAUGAGAAGUUGUUGGUUGAUGUUUUGAAGAUAGGGGUCCCAGUUGGAUCAAAAGUUAACAAAUUUUGGUCUAGUGUGGGUGAGGAUGCAGUGGUGAAAAGGGAAAAGAUUGCAAAGGCCGUGGCACUAGUGAUGGGAAGUGAAGUAGAGAGUAGAGAAAUGAGGAGGCGAAUAAGAGAACUUGGUGAUGCUGCAAAGAAGACAACAGAGGAGGGUGGGUCCUCUUACAACAACUUGAUGCAAUUAAUAGAUGAGCUAAAAUCUUUGAAGCUAUCAAGAGGGCUUGAGGAACAGUAACUGUGUUUCAUGGUACAACUACAAAUGUAUGUGAAUGUAGUUUAAGUCAAAGUUGGAUGCAGUAGAGUCAUGUUAGUGAGUGCAAACAUAGAGGAUUUGUUAGGUUAUAAUGUUUUUGAGAUAAAAACUUUGACAUGCAGAUCAAUACCAGCAGUAUAAAAAAUAUUUCUAUACUACUUAAAUAAAUAUCAACCUUGUUAUGUUUUCUACAUAAUGUCUUACAAAGCCAAUGGUUAAUCCUUCAGCUUAAACUUUUAU